UCCUUUUCCUGUAUUUACGGCGGCCGAGGCAGCAGCUGCUGGGCGCAAUGUCGGAGCAGUGGUGAGAGCGGAGCUGGGAUCGCAACAUGAAUCUCAGGGGCCUUUUUCAGGACUUCAACCCCAGCAAAUUCCUAAUUUACGCGUGUCUCCUGCUAUUCUCCGUUCUCCUCUCUCUGCGCCUGGAUGGGAUCAUUCAGUGGAGUUAUUGGGCAGUCUUUACACCGGUAUGGCUUUGGAAGUUGAUGGUGAUCGUGGGAGCCUCAGUGGGCACUGGCGUUUGGGCAAAGAACCCUCAAUACAGGGCAGAAGGUGAAACCUGUGUGGAGUUUAAAGCUAUGCUCAUUGCUGUGGGGAUACACUUACUGCUGCUUAUGUUUGAAGUUCUUGUCUGUGAUCGAAUUGAACGAGGAAGCCGCUACUUUUGGCUCUUGGUUUUCAUGCCAUUGUUCUUCGUGUCCCCUGUUUCAGUAGCUGCGUGUGUAUGGGGUUUCCGGCAUGACAGAUCUCUGGAACUGGAGAUCUUGUGCUCGGUUAAUAUCUUACAAUUCAUUUUCAUUGCACUGAGACUUGACGGUAUUAUCACUUGGCCCUGGCUUGUGGUAUGUGUCCCACUCUGGAUCUUAAUGUCCUUCCUCUGCUUAGUAGUUCUGUAUUACAUUGUCUGGUCUGUGUUGUUCUUGCGCUCCAUGGAUGUCAUUGCAGAACAGAGAAGAACCCAUAUCACAAUGGCAGUCAGCUGGAUGGCCAUAGUUGUCCCGUUGCUAACGUUUGAGAUCUUGCUGGUUCAUAGACUAGAUGACCAUAAUCUGUUCUCGUAUAUCCCUAUAUUUGUUCCGCUGUGGCUUUCUUUAAUAACUCUGAUGGCGACCACGUUUGGACAAAAAGGAGGAAAUCACUGGUGGUUUGGAAUUCGUAAAGAUUUCUGCCAGUUUCUGCUGGAGAUUUUUCCUUUCCUGCGAGAAUACGGCAACAUCUCUUACGACAUUCAUCACGAGGACAGUGAAGAUGCGGAGGAAACGCCUAUCCCUGAACCUCCAAAGAUAGCUCCAAUGUUUCGUAAAAAGACCGGUGUGGUUAUUACUCAAAGUCCGGGAAAAUAUAUUGUGCCGCCCCCAAAGCUGAACAUUGAUGUGCCUGACUAAGGUGAAGACUCCACUGAGUAAAGAGCGUGUGUCGGGGGUACACUUCUAGGGGUCCUGGACCGAAGGGAAAAGCAGCUUAUUGCUCCACAAAACUGUAAACAUUACUGACCUCAUGCCUUUUUAUUUUUUUAAUUUUAUGCAGCCUAAAAAGACCUAUCGAUUUUGCAACAGAUAUUUUCAUAUACAUAUAUAUUUCUUUUUUGAAUC